AUGAACGGAACAAACCUGCCAAACAUGAUAGACCAACAGAAUUUGGCUGUAGACGACAAUUUUAAUGAUAAAAGGAAAAAAUUACUAGAUUUUACGGAAAUAAAGGAAACAAAUAACGAAUACAACAAUAAUGGAAUAGAUAAAAGUGAUUUAAAAAGGAAGAUUGAUAAAAAUGGUUGCAUACCUUAUAUAACUACUGAGUUAAAUAUAAAUAUAGAGAAAGAUUCUAAUAAAACAAUUAGAUUAGAACUACGCCAUGUCGCUAAUGAUGACGCCUUGGCUGAAUUCAAGGAUGGUAAUGACGAAGGUGAUAGUGUUGUGCAUAACGGAGAAAUUGAAACUUUUCACCUUAAAGAAAGCGGUAAUGUUAGAGUUAACGGAGAUGAGGACGGUAAUGAUGCUGUCAGCCAAAACGGAGAUUACGGAAAUGAGAGCCAGGAGAACGAAGUGAGUAUGUUUCUUAUAAGAACUUUUUAUUUCUGACGUGCCGGGUUUGACUGCCGUUCGGUUCAAUGUAGAAAAUGAACUUUUCUAUGUUGCCUCGGAUCUGGGUGUCGUGGCACCUGUGGCGUUAUCUCAGAUUAUCCAUAAUACUAGGACUUUAAUGUAAUUUGUGUAAUAUUUAUUUAUUUAAGUCAACUUUAAGCAUACAUUAAUUAG